AUGUCUAAUUGGCCUAAAGUCACUGCCGAGAACCCACUUGGUCUCGAUGACCCUUCUUUGCUCAUUCAAAAAGGACUCAUCGAUGGAAAAUGGGUUGGUACCGAAUCAGGAGAGACCUUUGAGGUUAAUGACCCAGCCUCAGGCAAAGUGAUCGGAACAUGUCCUGACCAAACCGUCUCCGACACCAAAAACGCCAUCGACGCAGCCCACAAGGCAUUCUCCACUUACAAGACCACCUCCCCUGCUCAGCGACAAGCCUACUUGGCAGAAUUGCACCGACUUUACAUGGCCAAUAUAAACGAUAUCACUCGAUUGAUCGUUUGGGAAAACGGUAAAUCAUGGAACGACGCAUUGGCAGAGGCCAACUAUGCCGGAUCAUUCUUCUCUUGGUUCGCUGCUGAAGCUCUUCGAACCAACGGUGAAACCAUCCCUUGUUCUGUACCCGGAACUAGAAACAUAACCAUCAAACAGCCUAUCGGUGUUGUCGCUUUACUCGUACCGUGGAAUUUCCCAGCUGCCAUGAUUGCUAGGAAAUUAGGUCCCGCUUUGGCUGUUGGUUGUACAAGUGUGGUCAAAGUGCCCAGCGAAACUCCAUUCACUACGUUGGCUAUUGUUGAGCUCGCUAGGCGAGCCGGUGUUCCAGACGGUGUAAUCAACGUCAUAACCACUGACAAACACCUCCAAGACGUAGGUAAAGAAAUAUGUACCAACCCUUUAGUCCACAAGGUAUCUUUCACCGGAUCAACCAGAGUCGGUAAACUAUUGGCAGAACAAUGUUCAGGAACAUUAAAAAAGAUGUCAUUGGAGCUCGGUGGGAACGCACCAUUGAUCGUAUUUGAUGAUGCCGAUUUGCCUACCGCCGUGGCUGGAACGAUCGCAUCCAAAUUUAGAGGAUCGGGACAAACUUGCGUCUGCGCCAAUAGGAUUUACGUCCAGGAUGGUAUAUACGAUAAGUUCGCUCAAGCCCUCGCGGAGAAAGUUGGUCAAUUCAAAGUUGGACCAGGGUUCGAUGAAGGUGUCACGCAUGGUCCGUUGAUCCAUAAGAGACAGGCUGAUAAAGUUGAUGAGCACGUCCAAGAUGCCGUCUCGAAAGGAGCCAAGAUCUUAGUUGGUGGAAAGAGGGGUAAAGGAACGGAAUAUAUACCUACAGUUUUGGCGGAUGUACCAGACAGCUGUCUCAUCGCAACUGAAGAGACUUUCGGUCCCGUCGCUGCCCUGUUCCGAUUCAAGACUGAAGAAGAGGUCAUCGCUCGAGCGAACAACUCUGAAGUUGGUCUAGCAGGAUACUUCUUCUCUGAAGAUGUCGAUAGGGUAUUCAGAGUUUCCGAAGCUUUGGAAACCGGUAUGGUUGGAGCUAAUACCGGUAUGAUCAGUCAGGCUGUUAUUCCAUUUGGAGGUAUCAAGGAAUCAGGUUACGGUAAAGAAGGUGGUCACCAGGGUACCGAAGAGUAUAUGAUUACCAAACUGGUUGCUAUCGGAUCGAGAAUCAAGCAAUAG